AUGAAUACAGACAUCUUUUCACAGUCUGAGGUGACCCAAGAGAAGGGGCAGGAGAUGGAAGAAGAGGACCCAGGAAGAGCUGGGACUGGCAAGACAGCAAGCAAAGGCCCCCGUCCCAUCCAAGAUGGGAGUGCUGCUGAAUUCUGGGAAAGAGCUGGGCCAGAGAUCCUGGCUCAAUACACCAUAACCUCAGAUGUCAAUAGCCAACGCUUCCGGUUGUUCCGCUACCGUGAGGCUGAUGGGCCCCGAGAGGCGUUGAGGCCCUCUGUGAAGACAGAAGCCACAGUCCCUGAUGCGAAAGGAGCUCCUUCCGAGGAAGGGCGAAGGGCACAGGGUGUGGAGCGUGCCCGGGAUGCCCUCCCCAGUGUGUGUGGAAAGAGAUUUAGUCGCAGUUGUCAUCUUCAAGAGCACCAGCGAACCCACACAGGGGAGAAACCUUUUGAAUGCUCAGUGUGUGGAAAGAGAUUUGGUCGAAAUUGUCAGCUUCAAGUGCACCAGCGAACCCACACAGGGGAGAAGCCUUUUGAAUGCUCAGAGUGUGGAAAGAGAUUCAGUGAAAAGGGGACUCUUCAAAAGCAUCAGAGAAUGCACACAGGGGAGAAACCAUUUGAAUGCUCAGAGUGCGGAAAGAGAUUCAGGCAGAGUAGUGCUCUUCAUUCGCACCAAAGAAUCCACACAGGGGAGAAACCUUUUGAAUGUUCAGAGUGUAGAAAGAGAUUCAGGCAGAAAAUUGAGCUUCAGUUGCACCAGAGAACUCACACAGGAGAGAAACUUUUUGAAUGCUUAGAAUGUGGGAAAAGAUUCAGUGACACGCAGAUUCUUCAAAUCCAUCUGAGAAACCACACAGGGGAGAAACCUUUUGAAUGUUCAGAGUGUGGAAAGAGAUUUGUUAGGAGUGGCACUCUUAAACUGCACCAAAGUACUCACACAGGGGAGAAACCUUUUAAAUGUUCAGAAUGUGGAAAGAAUUUCAGGUUGAGAAGCACUCUUCAUGGGCACCAGAGAACUCAUACAGGGGAGAAACCUUUUGAAUGCUCAGAGUGUGGAAAGAAAUUCAGUUAUAGUAGCCGUCUACGAUAUCAUCAAAGAACUCACACAGGAGAGAAACCUUAUGUAUGCUCAGAGUGUGGAAAGAGAUUUAUGCAGAGUGAUGCUCUUCAUCUGCACAGAAGAAUCCACACAGGGGAGAAACCUUUUGAAUGCUCAGAGUGUGGAAAGAGAUUUGGGCAGAGUGGUACGCUUCAUUUGCACCGAAGAAUCCACACUGCAGAAAAACCUUUUGAAUGCUCAGAGUGUGGAAAGAGAUUUGAGUAUAGUGGCGCUCUUCAUAUGCACCGAAGAAUCCACACAGGGGAGAAACCUUAUGAAUGCUCAGAGUGUGGAAAGAGAUUUGGGCAGAGUGGUUCUCUUCAUUUGCACCAAAGAAUCCACACAGGGGAGAAACCUUUUGAAUGCUCAGAGUGUGGAAAGAGAUUCAGUCGGAGUGGUCAUCUUCAAGUGCAUCAGAGAACCCACACAGGGGAGAAACCUUUUGAAUGCUUAGAGUGUGGGAAGAGAUUCAGUCAGAAUUACCUCCUUCAAGUGCAUCAGAAAACGCACACAGGGGAGAAACCUUUUGAAUGCUCAGAGUGUGGAAAGAGAUUCGGUCAAAGUAGCAAUCUUCAAGUGCACCAGAGAACCCACACAGGGGAGAAACCUUUUGAAUGCUCAGAGUGUGGAAAGAGAUUCAGUGAGAGGGCAACUCUUAAAAAGCAUCAGAGAACGCACACAGGAGAGAAACCUUUUGAAUGCUCAGAGUGUGGAAGGACAUUCAGUCAUAAUAACUCUCUUCAAAAGCAUCAGAGAACUCACACAGGGGAGAAACCUUUUGAAUGCUCAGAGUGUGGAAAGAAAUUCAGUCAGAGUGGUCAUCUUAAGCGGCACCAAAGUACCCACACAGGAGAGAAACCUUAUGAA